AUGACCUCGACCUCAGCUUUCUCAGCUCUUUCUCACGGCCUUCCGCCAUCGCUCGAAAACGCGCCUCCUACCAUAAAUAUUGACCUUACUUGCGCGUUAUUCGCUCUCGAAGUUGAAUGCAGGAAGAUGAAGAUCAAGAAUGAAUCCACAAGGGAAAUCCCUCGCCUUUAUCGAAUCCUUGGCCUUCCUCUCACUCCUCGUGCAACUCGUUCGUUCUCGUUCUCGUCCUCAACCUAUGUUUCGUCGACAUCGGCUACUUCGUUCGAGAGAAAUCCGCCUCGGGAAUCUAACAAGGAAGUUCCGCGUUCGAGUAAUGCGACCGGUGAUGUGGACUACUAUGGUCCAUUCUCUACUCGCGGAUUCUCGGGGAAGCCAUGGGUGAAGAAGGAGCCGUUUCCUUCUAUAGCUUUCGGGAUUCGCGCGAACAGCAUGAGGCAACCGAACGCAACCACUGAUGAGAAUGGCUGUGGGUGGUCCUCCACGAACGUCCAUGCCACAGUUCCGACGAAGAAGCAGAGGAUGCCACGAGGAUAUCUGGAUACAUCGACCCUCUCCGCUGAACAGAAGAUUAUCAGACGACCAGCUCCUAAACCAGCUCCUAAACCCAGUGUCGACGACACCCUGUUCUCCGAUUCCAUCAGUGGGAACGUCGCUAGACACCUGCCAGCUGCUUCGCACACCUUCUCUAAUGCUCCGGCAUUCAGUAACGAAGCCAGCCGAACUGCACCCUGGAGGCGGGGGAACACUAUUCCACCGCCUAUUCAGUCCCACAGGAGAGACAUGGGCCUCGCUUCGUUCGUGGCUGUCACCUAUCCCGACGAAAUCGUUGAACUGCAUCGUAGGAGGAUCUACCCAUCGUCGACCGAGCCCGAGAGCAACUGGUGUGUAGGCGAAACCAUCGAAUACGUUCGUCGUCGUGAUCUCUAUCCAUACGACACCGUCAAGCCAGUCGUCAAGACGUCUACUGUUAAGGUUGGUUCACCGAGACCGGUGAGCGUCAACCGGUAUCGUGAGACGCAAAAAUGGUUGCAGAGUUUGGAGACAGCGCUAGCAGCUGAUUAG